CUUCUCCAGGUUUGAAACAGAUUAAAGAAAUAGACAGCGACUCCAUCAACUCUCUCUGUGUACAAAUCUGUCUCACUAGAGGGGAGGAGAAGAAGAAGGAGAAGAUGAUGAUGAUAAAUGUAUUAGAAAUAGCAAGAAUGGCGACUAGAGAAUUUGUAUUGACAGCAAAAGAUGAUAUUGAAUUUGGUACAUUUUGGUGGUUUACAUAUGCUGGGAUCUCAUGUUUUCUUGUUCUAUUUGCUGGUAUUAUGUCUGGAUUAACUCUAGGGUUGAUGUCUCUUGGUCUUGUUGAACUUGAAAUUCUUCAAAGAAGUGGUACCAAUACAGAGAAGAAACAAGCAGCUGCUAUCUUCCCAGUAGUUCAAAAGCAACACCAGCUUCUUGUGACUUUGCUUUUAUGCAAUGCGUGUGCCAUGGAAGCUCUUCCAAUAUAUCUUGAUAAGAUAUUCCAUCCAUUUCUUGCGGUUGUGCUGUCCGUUACUUUCGUUUUAGCAUUUGGAGAGGUUAUUCCGCAAGCAAUAUGCACCAGAUAUGGGCUAGCCGUGGGUGCAAAUUUUGUGUGGCUUGUGCGUAUUCUUAUGAUAAUUUGCUUUCCGAUAUCAUAUCCAAUCGGAAAGGUCUUAGAUUGUGUAUUAGGACAUAAUGAUGCACUAUUUCGGCGUGCUCAGUUGAAAGCCCUUGUCUCUAUCCACAGCCAAGAGGCUGGCAAAGGGGGUGAACUCACCCAUGAUGAGACAACAAUUAUUAGUGGGGCUUUGGAUUUAACUGAAAAGACGGCUGAGGAGGCUAUGACGCCUAUCGAAUCAACAUUUUCGUUGGAUGUAAAUUCAAAAUUGGACUGGGAAGCUGUUGGAAAAAUACUUGCUCGGGGACAUAGUCGAGUUCCUGUCUAUUCUGGAAAUCCAAGAAAUGUUAUUGGGCUUCUACUGGUGAAAAGUCUUCUUACAGUAAGAGCUGAAACCGAGACCCCAGUUAGUGCCGUGUCAAUUCGCAGAAUCCCUAGGGUUCCCUCAGACAUGCCUCUUUAUGACAUACUAAACGAAUUUCAAAAGGGAAGCAGUCAUAUGGCAGCUGUAGUGAAGUCCAAAGGAUCAACCAAGAAUCCUGUUGCAGAUUUGAAAUUAACUACUCCCCUUCCCAGGCAGGAUGAAGAAUCAGAAAACACUAUUAUUGACAUCGAGAAAAUUCCAAGCUCGAUCAGCACUCAUCGGCAUUUCUCCUAUCCACAAAAUGACGCUACAACUAAUGGAGUGCCUCGCUCAUCUGAAGAUAUUGAAGAUGGGGAGGUCAUAGGUAUUAUUACUUUGGAGGAUGUAUUUGAAGAACUUCUACAGGAAGAGAUAGUUGACGAGACAGAUGAAUAUGUUGAUGUUCACAAAAGAAUUAGAGUAGCUGCUGCAGCUGCUGCUUCAUCAGUUGCACGAGCUCCAUCCACCCGGCGGUUAAUCGCCAGCAAGGGAGCGGCUGGUGGUGGCGAAAACAAGCCGGGCCAAACUCCAAAAAAAUCAGGCGAGGAGGAUUCAACCUCAGCAAAACCAGGAGGCGUUUUGGAACCUCUCCUUGAGAAGAAAAGAUAAUAGCAGUAUCUACCGUCUGGACCCUCUGUUGUCGAGGUAUUGUUAUGGUCAUGCAGUAUCUAUACCCAUGUAUUUUCUCCCUUUUAUAUUUGGUGUUCAUCCUUCUUGUUUAUAUAUGCAAAUAUGGGAGAGAGACUGAAUAUAUCGAGUGUAAUGAAUAUUGAUCCAAUUCUAAUAAAAUAAUGUUGAAAAAAAGUCAGUAUUACAUAUCAA